UAGUAGCUAAUGUCCAAGACCUGGUUUUUAGGCUAUUUUAACCUACAAGGAUAGCCGCCCUUCAUAAAACGGUGCAACAAAAUUGCAAGGAGAUCUGGGGUAAUGGUGAACAAAGCAAUCACUGGCGUAGAAGGAAGUUAUUAUUGAUCUUAACGUUUACUUUGGCAGGCUUGUCGCAAUCGCUCGCUUUCUACAUCUGCUUGUAAUUCUUCCGUAGUCGCGCUGGCCGUGCGCUUCCCCCUCCUGCCACACACACACACGGCUCCCUGGGAAACAGAGUCCAAUUCCUAAAUAAUUCAAGACUUUUUCCUCCUCCGUGAACAAGAUGCCGGCCGUUCACAAAAUACUUCUCGACGAGGCUCUGCAAGACAGUCCGCAGACCCGCUCCUUGCUCAGUGUGUUUGAGGAGGAUGCUGGAACUCUGACUGACUACACCAACCAGCUGCUGCAGUCCAUGCAGAGAGUGUACGGGGCACAGAGCGAGAUGGCGCUGGCUACUGAACAACUCUCCACACAGCUGCUGGAGUACCAGACUCAGAAUUUUGCUCUGGGACAGGGGGAUGUGGAGGUCAUCGGCAUCCUGCAGGACUUUUCCAAAACUGUGGUGGAGCUGAACGCCCUGCACUCAGAGCUGGCCACCAUGUUGGCUAACGGCAUGGUGUUUCCCAUGGUUACCUUCAGAGAGAAGGACCUGACAGAAAUUAGCACGCUGAAGGACAUAUUCAGCAUCGCCAGUGAUGAGCACGAGGCAUCCAUGGUCAAAUACAGCCGGCUGCCCAAGAAGAGGGAGAAUGACAAGCUGAAGGCGGAGGUGGUGGCGGAGGUGGCGUACACACGCAGGAAGCAGCACCAGGCCUCCAUGCAGUACUACUGCUCCCUGAACGCCCUGCAGCACCGUCAGAGAGCCGCCAUGCUGGAGCCACUGCUGGGCUACUCUCAGGCCCAGGUGAACUUCUUCAAGAAAGGAGCGGAUCUGGUUUCAAAGAAAAUGGACAGCUUCCUGAGCCGAGCCUCCGGCACGACACAAAGUAUCCAGGCACGGUUGGAGUGGGAGACUGAGGAGAUGCGGGCGACACAGAGGGAGCUGCUCUCAGUGGAGGACACGGUCUACACCCCCGACCUCGACCGCGACCCCCCCAACCGCACGCUCGUACAGAGGGCCGGCUACCUCAACAUCCGCAAUAAAACGGGCCUAGUGUCCACAGCCUGGGACCGGCUUUACUUCUUCACCCAGGGAGGGAACCUCAUGUGCCAGCCGCGCGGGGCCGUGGCUGGGGGAAUGAUCCUGGACCUGGACAACAGCUCUGUGAUGGCCGUGGACUGUGAAGACCGACGAUACUGCUUCCAGAUCACGUCCUCCACGGGAAAGACGUCAAUAAUUCUUCAAGCAGAGAGUAAAAAAGAAUAUGAAGAGUGGAUCAGCACCGUAAACAACAUCUCCAGGCAGAUCUACCUGACCGACAACCCUGAGGCCGUGGCCAUCAGAUUAAACCAGACGGCGAUCCAGGCGGUCACCCCCAUCACCAGCUUUGAGAAGAGGCUGGAGGGUUCCCCCCACCCCGACAGGGCGAAUCCGGGGGCCAUGCCACUCCCCUCAGACCCUCCCCCCAAACCCCCCAGGGGUCACUUGCCAGAGGCCCUGAUUGCUCCUGGGACCCCCAUCCAGUUUGACAUCGUUCUCCCCGCCACAGAGUUCCUGGACCAGAACAGGGCAGGCGGACGGCGCACUAACCCUUUUGGAGAGCGGGAGGAAGAUGCCACUCCUGACUCUGACGACGCGCUGCUGCAGCAGGUGUUUGAGGUGCGGUUCCUGGGCUCCAUGGCCGUGCUGUCCGGCCGGACGGCGGACGUUAUUUUCGAGGCGGCGCGGCAGGUCCUGGCAGCGCGAGCGAUACACAACAUCUUCCGCACCGCAGACGCCCACCUGCUGGUGACCAGCAGCUGCCUGAGGCUGAUUGACCCGCAGACACAGGUCACGAGAAUAAGUUUCCAGCUGCAGGACGUGACCCAGUUCUCCGCCCACCAGGAAAACGGCCGGCUCCUGGGCUUUGUGGUGGGGGGGCCAGAUUCAGGGGAGGAAGAGGAGGGCAGCGAGUCCUUCCGAGCCUUCAUCUUCGAGAGCAACACGGACGGAGAGAAGAUAUGCUACACCAUCGGCCUCGCCAAGGACAUCACAGCAGCGAAAAAGGAUCCCGCGGCUCUGGCCGAGCUGAUGAAGACGAUGCCUCUGACCAGCGACGGAAAGUUCCGGCUGCUCGAUGAAGAAAGUACGGACGACAAGGACACGCAAGAGGAGUCAGAAGCCUGAACCGGACUGAACCGGACCAGACCGGGUCUGAGCGGAUCAGUCUGGACUGCAGCAGAGGCAGGAGUGCUCUCUCUCACACAGCCCUCGUCCAACAAGCUGCUCCGAUAGUGCGAUCUCUCCUCCCCUCCGUACCCACGACCCAGAUCACACCCAUUCUGCCGCACAGGUCUCUUCAGCUGGGGCCGGAGAUGCAGCUCAGUGUCCUGGAGACCAUUGAGUUUUUACACAAAGUUUGGAACAUUUUAUUCCCGUUUACAUUUUCUACAAUGGUUAAUUUUCCAUAUCAGACUGACUCCACUGAUAGCAUGUGGCCUUCAGACCUGGAGCGCUUGGAGUUGCAGUGAGACCCUGGAGUUGCAGUGAGACCCUUGUGUUCGACUCGACACGCGAUGUUGGUACUUCACGAGUCUCAGACACACAGGAGAAAGGAUGAGACCUGACAGAGGCACAAAGAAUGAGUGGUGUUUACUUGGCAUGCUGGGUAGGGAUACGCAAAAAAUAUUAACCCAACGCACGCACGUUUCUGCAUGCUUACAAUCGCACUGUUCAACAGAGAUGGUACUUAAUUCAGUUAAAAUACUUUUUUACAUUGAGAGGAUGUGUGUGCUAGGGUGUUAGUUUGCUAGUACAGGAUAUAAAAUAGUCACCGACUCUCCUGUAGUACCAUGUGCAGCCUGUAGGGUAUCAAAGUGUCACUGGCUCUCCUGUAGUACUGUGUGAGAGCUGUGGGAUUUUCAAUUGUCACUGGCUCUCCUGUAGUACUGUGUGCAGCCUUUGGGGUGUAAAGGUAGCACAGGCGCUCCAGUAGUACUGAGUGUGAGCUGUAGGAUUUUAAAUUGUCACUGGCCCUCCUGUAGUACUGUGUGUAGCCUGUAGGGGGAGAUAUAGUCACUUGCUUGCAGGCCAGUGCGAUUUAGCUGCAGGGCUGCUUGUGUGGCUGGCAUAACUGAUACUUCAAAGGGUACAGCUGACAAUUCCAAAAAUGGAGUUUGCGCCUCUGUGCAAUGUCAUCAUUUCAUCCGCUGGUCGGAGCCUGGAGAAGGCUGGCCGGCAUCACUCUGAUAUAAUGCGUUUAAAAAAGCCCCGCACCGUUCUGUGGUUAUCACGCUCUGAACACAGAGUGCUGACUCAGUCAUUUGGUGCACAACCCCAUGUAAUGAAAUUUGACACUUGGAAAAGGCAAUCUGUACAACACAUUUCCAGAGCCAGGGGCUGAGGGAACAGCGGGAGAUGACAAAAGGAAAAUCAGACUUGGAGAAGGGCCCACUGUCUCAUCAUCCAUAGCACACCAAACUAAACCAUAUUCGCUUCAGCGGGGAUAUUUCUGUUCCGUAAUUUGUCUGGUUUAAAGCGCACUUUGUUUUGAAGCCUUUGCCUCCAGAGGCAGCCCAUUGCAGGGGGGGGGGUAAUGGUUCACUAUGAAUCACCAGCUGUCAAUUUAGACCCCAAUCAAAUAGCUUUACUGCCUUUGGAUUGAGUUUGGGGAGCUGAGCCUUAAAAUCGGCUUACCUGAUUUUCUUAAGUCUUCCUCCAGGGGGCGCUGUGCAUUUUCUGGUUUUCGUGGUACUUCAGAGUUUGCAAGAACACAGAGGUAGACAUCUCCAAAACUCCAAACCCUCAGCAGUUUCAGCCAUUCUGCGUUUUACUAGAAGCAGUCUACUGCAGUACCUGGGGUUGGCCAGCAGGGGGCUUCUACACGGCGCUCACCUGGAACACCUCAGACCGAUGUGGUUCGGAAUGGGUGGUUCCCACACUAAACAUUAGACCUCCAAAACCUUUGGAAGCUGUUGCAAGAGAGUCCUUAUUUUUAAUCUUACUUGUAUUUUUUUUUGAACAACUUACAUUUUUAGUUUUUCUCUUGCAGGGGUUUGUUGGCUAACCUGUUAUUUUUGUAAUCUAUAGCUGUGUGAGUGUGCAUGUGCAGUAUAAUCAGUAAUCAUCAUUAAAGCAGCUUUUACACGUCAGACUGUGGAGCUCUUCUCCAGGAAACAGCGCUUACACGUUAGACUGUGGGCCCUGCUCCAGGAACAUAAAGACGGGGGGCUUAAUGCCAGAGCUUUUAUCCUUUCUCAACCCCGAAUGACAUCAUUUAUGUGUGCAUUUAUUUUUAAACUUACGCUCCUUGAAAAUGCCAUGUCUCACUAAAAGGGAAUAUAUGUCAUACCUGCAAAGGCUUAAUGUUCCGUCUUAAUAUCUGGCAAAUUACAGUUCAAGUUUUCAGUUCACACUGUCCAUGUUCUGCCCAGCUUUGGACACUGUUUGACUCAGUAUCUUCUAAAACCAUGUAAAACCUAUAUCCUUUAAAAGUAAAUGAGACAUUUUUGUACUGCU